CCGCCACCGCGCCCCCGCUCCGUGUCCGCACUGCAGAGAGCGGCGGCGAGCAGGCGCCGGCGCACUGGCCCACGUGCUGCGCUAGCGAGAGGGAAGCAGUCUGAGCGAACGCCCGCGCGGGGAGUCAGGGGCACCCGACUCCGCCGCCGCCGCGGCACACAGCCCCCGGCGCGCCCUGUGGGGACCCGGACCAGGAGGGACCCUGCGUCGGGAGAAGGCUGUGGAGACCUGGGCCUUCAGCGAUCAUCCUAGGAGUUGGUCCUGAUAUGUGCCUCGCGCCCUGAUCGCUGCCCCCAGAUUAGUAUCUGAAGAGAUUCGGGAAUAUGCCGUCGAGCCUGUUGCAGGACUGGUGUCGGGGGGAGCACCUGAACACCCAGAGGUGCAUGCUCAUCCUGGGUGUCCCCGAGGACUGUGGAGAGGAUGAGUUUGAGGACACGCUCCAGGAGGCUUGCAGGCACCUGGGCAGAUACAGGGUGAUUGGCAGGAUGUUUAGGAGGGAGGAGAACGCCCAGGCGAUUCUACUGGAGCUGGCACAAGAUAUUGACUAUGCUUUGCUCCCAAGGGAAAUACCAGGAAAGGGGGGGCCCUGGGAAGUGAUUGUAAAACCCCGUAACUCAGAUGGGGAAUUUCUCAGCAGAUUGAACCGCUUCUUAGAGGAGGAGAGGCGGACCGUGUCAGAUAUGAACCGAGUCCUUGGGUCGGACACCAAUUGUUUGGCACCAAGAGUGACUGUAUCACCAGAGUUCUGGACCUGGGCCCAGACUCUGGGGACAGCAGUGCAGCCUCUGCUAGAACAAAUGUUGUACCGAGAACUAAGAGUGUUUUCUGGGAACACCGUAUCCAUCCCAGGUGCACUGGCCUUUGAUGCCUGGCUUGAGCACACCACUGAGAUGCUCCAGAUGUGGCAGGUGCCCGAGGGGGAAAAGAGGCGGAGGCUGAUCGAAUGCUUGCGUGGCCCUGCUCUCCAGGUGGUCAGUGGGCUCCGGGCCAGCAAUGCUUCCAUAACUGUGGAAGAGUGUCUGGCGGCCUUGCAACAGGUGUUCGGACCUGUGGAGAGCCAUAAAAUUGCCCAGGUGAAGUUGUAUAAGGCCUAUCAGGAGGCAGGAGAGAAAGUAUCUAGCUUUGUGUUACGUCUGGAACCCCUGCUCCAAAGAGCUGUAGAAAACAAUGUGGUAUCUCGGAGAAAUGUGAAUCAGACUCGCCUGAAACGAGUCUUAAGUGGGGCCAUCCUUUCUGACAAGCUCCGAGACAAGCUUAAGCUGAUGAAACAGCGAAGGAAGCCUCCUAGUUUCCUGGCCCUGGUGAGGCUCCUGCGUGAGGAGGAGGAAUGGGAGGCCACUUUAGGUCCAGAUAGAGAGACCCUGGAGGGGCUGGAAGGAGCCCCAAGGCCACCUGCCAGGAUCACUGGGGUUGGGGCAGCACCUGUCCCUACCUCUGGCAACAGUUUUGAAGUGAGGCCUUCCCAGGGUUCCCGGCGCCGGAGGGGCAGAGGCCAACACCGAAGGGGUGGUGUGCAGAGGGCUGGCUCUCGAGGCUCAAGAAAACGGAGACGCCACACAUUCUGCUAUAGCUGUGGGGAAGAUGGCCACAUCAGAGUGCAGUGUGUCAACCCCUCCAACCUGCUCUUGGUAAAGCAGAAGAAACAGGCUGCAAUUGAGUCGGGAAACGGGAACUGGGCUUGGGACAAGAGCCAUCCCAAGUCCAAGGCCAAGUAGGCUCGGGAGAACAGGGCAGCAUUUCCUACUGCAGUCCGAGGAGACAAGAGAGAUAUUGGAAGGAGGGGAAAGAGGAGCCCAGACAAACAACAGAUGAGUUGAGCAGGACAGAGGGACAGGGCAGCCAGACCAAGGCCAAGCUCCCUCACUCUCUGCCAGCUGGAAGGGACUUCAGCAACCAAGACCAACUGGCGACUGGCUCAGUGGGGAUCAGGUCCACAUCCCCAGAGAGGUGCUGGAGAGGAAAGCAGGGAGUCUCUGCAUCCAGCACAUGGGGUGCCUGGGCCUCAGAUGGGGACCCCAACAAAGCAAAGGCUGAAGAAGGUGCAGCUGGGGGUUCUGUCCUGCUCAUCCGGCCACCCCCAAAUAACCACCCUGUGGACUUCGAUCCCCAGGCCAUGGGGGACCUGGAGGAGCCUGCCUGGGGCCUGCCCCUGCCAGAAGGAGCCAGGGCUGGUGAGGAAGAGCUGUGGGGCAGAGGCAAAGACCCUCAGGGGAGGCUGCAGGGUCCAGCCCGUCUUCAGGAUCAUCUGCGCUGCACUAGGGGAGCCCCAGGAAGGCAGCACCCUGGAGGCCCUGUGCCAGUGAGGCCAGGAGACCCUACGGCUCUGGGAACCCAGUGCCAGCCAGAGGCUGUGCAGGCAAGGAGACCAAAGACUGAUGAGAAGACCCCCAGCAGGGGCACUGGGAACCCAGCAGGCCAGUGUCCUCACAGCUGACUUAGGCCAGGGUGGCUGUGAAGGGAAGUCUCUGUUGCAAAGGAGGAGGAAGGAAAGGGAGGACUUGGUGGGGCGGGGGGUUGUUUCUUCUGCUUGUGUCUGUACUGGGCCACCAAACUCCUGAAGAAAUCAGGCAAGGAACAUCUGGGGCUGCUAUGGCCAGAGCAACUCAACAGAUGCUGACACCAAGGCCGGUCCCAACCCUGUCACAUCGGGAGUCCAGCCUGGAGGCAGCCCUAAGCAGCCAGCCGUGGCCGGGGCGGGGGCACCUGAAGACAUCUGUCCCAAAUCCCACUGGCCCUGAGCUGGGAGAUGACGGGGCGAAAGAUGCCCUCUCAAGGGUUCCAGCUGCCUGGGUCUCCCAGGAGGGGUCCCCCCACUCACUGUCGCCAGGCAGACUGCCCCUGUUCCGGUAAUCCCACCCUCACCUGCGUAGGCCCUGUAGUGACCCAUGCACCCAGGAGAUGCCCACCCACUGCUAGCCAUCGUUCUUGUGCAAAGUCGCGUACUGUGCGCUCACCCGGGCAGCCGCCUCUGGGCCCGGGACACGUGCUGUGACCUUCCUUCGAGCCCCAGCUCUGCUCCCUGCUGUCUGGCCCUCAUUGUGAGCACCACCUCUGCUUUCCCAGUGUAGAUCUAGGCCAGGGGCUGCUUGUUCUGGUGGAGCUGUGUGUGUUCUUUUCUGAGCAGCUUCUCCCCGGAGGCCCCCAGUGCAGUCCCAAGAGAUGGCGGGAAGGAGGCACCAGGACACUACGUUCACCCCAUCACCACGGUGAUGACGGCGCCUGCAACAGGAAGAACCGGAUCCAGGAUGGAGUGCGGCUGCCCUGCGUGAGGCUCCCCGGGGAGCUUUGUGCUUUGGUGUUCCACCCCUGUUGUCACUCCUGACUCAGUUUCCUCCACCCAGUGGUGUGUUCUCUGCUGUGUUUUCCGGUGUCCUGUGACUGUCCUGUGAAAGCCACAAGGCAGGGCCCUGCCCCAGCAGAUGGGCUUGGGAGGGGGCUUCCUGAAGCUAGUGGACACUGCCAGAGUCCACCGUCCUGGCAAGAGGCAGACCUGGGACGCUCGGGAAGGAGGGAGGUGGCCAUGGGAGCCACAGCAGGAGGGGAGGCAGAUGAGGCGACUUGCCAGGAACCCCAGGAGGAGGGGCCCCGGGACCUGUGGCCUGUGGUGGCUGUUUGUAGUUUCUCUCUGUGUUGUGGUUUCCUUCUCUUCAGCGGUUUCAGUGUGUGUUUCUCUUCAAUAAAUUUCAUUCCGUGCUCCA